ACCCGAGUUUCCUCAUUUUAAGGUUAAGAAACUCAGAGUUUGGAGCUAAACCUGUUUUCUGGAAUAGGCCCCUGAUGUCCAAUAUCAACGAGGGACAACAAUAAAACGCUGCAGAAAGAGCGAAGGAUGUUUAAAUCAGCUUUGUCGAUGUUGCUCUUCUCCUGUUUCCUGGCACGUCUGGACUGUGCAGAUAAUAAACAGGAAACAGUCAAACGUGGAGAAGAUGCCACUCUGCAGUGCAGCGGUACCAGAGGUGCUGCUGUCGUAAUUUUAAGGUGGAGAAAAAAUGACCAGCAGCCAGAGCUUCAAGACACCAACAAGGAGGAGUUUUAUGUUUUGUUCAUCAGAGACGGUCGCACUUAUGAAAACUUCCAGCUUCCAUCUUUUAAAGGUCGAGUGCAGCUCAGAGAUCCACAGAUGAAAGAUGGAGACCUCUCUGUGAUUAUCAAAAAUGUCUCCAUGAAUGACGCUGGAAUAUAUGAAUGUUAUGCUGGAUAUGACAAAAACGACUCUCAGCUUAUGAGCAGCACCAACCUGACAGUUGAAGAACCAGGUCAGCCAGGAGGACAAAGUGGGGAUGGAGGGAAGAAGAGUGAUUCUGUUGCUCUGAUAGUUGGUCUGUCAGUUGCUGCUGUGCUGUUCAUUGGUCUUGUUGGUUUUCUUAUCUACAAAAAAUGUAAAAAGCAACCAAAUUCAAAUUAUCAGUCUCCUCCAGAUCAGGGCAUUGAACUGCCUGAAGUGUCUUCAUAA